AUAUUUACCUCAAAAUCUAAAAGAAGGAAAAAAAUGGUACUUGUUGCGGAGAGAGUGCAGGCAUUGGCUGUCGCCGGAGUGAAAGAGCUGCCGGAACAAUUCAUUCGCCCUUCGCACGAGCGGCCGGAGAACAGCAAGGCCGUGGAGGGGGUCACAGUGCCCGUCAUCUCCCUAUCUCAGCCGCGCGAGGUGGUCGUUCAGGAAGUGGAUAAGGCGUGCGAGGAAUGGGGAUUCUUCCUCGUCACCGACCAUGGCAUAUCGCCGGCGUUGGUCCGGCGGCUCCAAGAAGUGGGGGAGGAGUUCUUUGGACUCAGACAAGAGGAAAAGGAGGCCUACGCAAACGACGCAGCGAGCGGGAACUUCGAAGGGUAUGGGACGAGAAUGACAAAGAACCACGAUGAGAAGGUGGAGUGGAUCGACUAUUUCUUCCAUUUCAUGGCUCCUCCUUCUAAGGUCAACUAUGGCGUCUGGCCCAAAAACCCUCCUGCUUACAGGGAAGUGACAGAGGAAUAUAACAAAGAAAUGUUGAGGAUAACAGACACCUUGCUGGAGCUGCUCUCAGAUGGGCUAGGUUUGGAAGGGAAGGCUUUGAAGUCAGCUUUGGGAGGUGAAGAAAUAGAAUUAGAGAUGAAAAUAAACUUUUACCCGCCUUGCCCACAACCUCAACUGGCUCUAGGAGUCGAACCUCAUACUGACAUGUCUGCCCUCACACUGCUUGUCCCCAACCACGUUCCAGGCCUUCAGGUCUCCAAAGAUGGCAACUGGUUUGCCGUCAAUUACCUGCCAAAUGCACUUUUCAUCCAUGUUGGUGAUCAACUUGAGGUACUGAGCAACGGGAAAUACAAGAGUGUUCUGCAUAGGAGUUUGGUAAACAAGGAACACACACGCAUGUCGUGGGCAGUGUUCGUGGUGCCUCCACAAGAGACCAUGAUAGGGCCAGUUGCAAAGCUCGUGGAUGAUCAGAACCCAGCCAAAUAUUCAAGCAAGACAUUUGCUGACUACCGAUACCGCAAAUUCAAUAAGCUUCCACAGUAAUGCAGAUUUAUUAUUAAGAUCUUCUUAUGGAAAAUCUUGCACGUCCUUCAUGGUAUUUAAAAUAAAUCAAGACAGUCCCCAGGUUCUGUCAGUAACUUUAUUUAUGCAAAACGUUGUUCUUCGUAUGUUGUUUAAAUAAAGAGAAAUAAUGACUUUCUCAA